ACUCUACGUAUCGAGUUAUCUGCACAACUACGAGGGGAGGACAAGAGAAACCUGCUCACAUGGAGGGGACACCAGGCCUCCUGGCCAUAUUCACCAUAGCAGCAUGUUUUUUGGUCAGUGGAGCACAAAUAACAGUCUGCACAGAGGAGGCGGUGGCUGACAUCGUCUUCCUGGUGGACGGCUCAUGGAGCAUCGGUACAGAGAACUUCCAGUGGAUUCGACAGUUCCUGUUCACUCUGGUCAACAGCUUCGAUGUGUCCCCUGACCUGGUGCGCAUUGGCCUGGUCCAGUACAGCACAAGGCCACGCACAGAGUUCCUCUUCAACACCUUCCAGGACAAAAAAGACAUCCUGGACUACAUCAUCAACCUGCCUUACAAGGGGGGCGGCACCAUGACAGGCGAGGGCCUGGACUUUCUGCUGAAAGAGCUCUUUGUCGACCAAGCAGGGAGCCGGAUCAAGAACAACGUAACACAAAUCGCUGUGGUGAUCACCGACGGCCAAUCACAAGACAACGUAGCGCCGCAUGCCCUUGAGCUCCAGAGGCGGGGCAUCACGCUGUAUGCCAUUGGCAUCAAGGACGCAGAUGAGGAGCAGUUAAAAGAGAUCGCCACUAAACCUCACAACCAGCAUGUGUACAGGGUAUCUGACUUUGCAGCGCUGCAGGGCAUCUCCCAGAGCAUUGUCCAAGUUCUGUGUAGCACCGUAGAGGAGGCGAAGAGACAGGUCUCUCAAGUGGGCCAAGACUGCAGCAGAGCCAAAGUGGCUGACAUUGUGUUCCUAGUGGAUGGCUCUGGCAGCAUCGGCCCGACAGAUUUCCAGGAGGUUCGGAUGUUUCUCCACAACUUCAUUGAGGGCCUGGAUAUCGGUUCAAAAAAGGUUCGCGUUGGACUGGCCCAGUUUAGUGACCAGCCUAAGUUGGAAUUCCUGUUGGCGGAUAAUACAGAAAAAAGUUCCUUACUGGAGAAAGUGGAUCAGCUUGAACAGCUGAAAGGAGGCACAGCCACUGGCACAGCUAUUAGAUUCCUUCAGAGAGAGUUUUUCAACCCGGCUGCAGGAAGCCGUUCUGGUCAGAGGGUGCCCCAGAUUGCUGUGGUACUCACAGAUGGGGAUUCUGUGGACGAUGUAGUGGAGCCAGCCAAGGAACUAAGGCAUCAUGGGGUCAUUGUCUAUGCUAUUGGAGUGGGGAAUAUUAACAAAACCCAAUUGCAAGCUAUUGCUAACAGGCCCAGUAAGCAUUUCCUACAUACCAUCAAUAAUUUCCAGGCACUACAGGCAAUUUCUCAGGGUCUGCUAAAGACAGUGUGUGUCUCCAUGGUGAACCAGAGGAUGGCUCUUGGUCAAAAGUUUGCCGACAUCAUCUUCCUGGUGGACAGCAACAUGAGACCGAUAGAAUUCCAGCAGGUCCGAAUCCUUCUGCAGCGAUUGGUCAACCAACUGAACCCGAGCCGAGACACCCAUCGCCUUGGGCUGGCCCAGUUUUCCCAGGACACCGAAGUAGAGUUCCUGCUGAACGCCCUCACCACCAAGAACGACUAUGUGGCGGCUCUCAAGAAAUUCAAGCUGCGACCCAGCGGGGAUCGUCACCUGGGAGAUGCCCUGACACAUGCCCAUGGAGAGUUCUUCUCCACUUCGUCUGGUGGUCGUGCUGAAAAAGGCUACCGGCAGUUUCUGGUCACAGUGACAGGAGGGGAUUCAGUUGAUAGCUUCCGGAGAGUGGCACGUAAAAUCCGACAUGAUGGGGUGACCAUUGUUUCCAUCGGGCUGGGUACAUCUACUCUUCCAAAGCUGCAGGCGUUGGCUACCAAGUCAUACGUAUACCAGAAUACAGCCAUUGCACCAGCACUGAAGGUUCUCUUUGAUAGUGAAGAGAAGGCCAAUGUGACUGAGGUUUGCAGUGAUGCUUCAGUGGCAGACAUUGUGUUCAUAGUUGAUGAAUCUGGUAGCAUUGGAAACGAAAACUUCCAGCUGGUUCGUGGGUUCAUCCACAAGAUCGUGGAGGGGCUGAAUGUGGGUUUGAACAGUGUGAGGGUGGGCAUUGUCCUCUACAGCAAUAAGGCUUCAGCUGAGGUUUUCCUAAACGACUUCCUAGAAAAAAGUAACAUUCUUUCGUACAUCAAGCUACUGCCCUAUCGUGGUGGUGGCACAAACACUGGCGAGGCCCUAGACUUUGCCAGAAAGAACAUGUAUAAUAAGAACCAGGGAAGCCGGAAACAAGAGGGUGUGCAGCAGGUGGCGAUAGUCAUUACUGAUGGAGAAUCGCAGGACAACGUUACUUCUCGUGCCGCUGCCCUGCGCAGAUCUGGCGUCACUGUAUAUGCAGUGGGGAUCAAGGAUGCUGACGAGAAAGAGUUGACACAGAUUGCUUCAUAUCCCGCCACAAAGCAUGUAUUGAAAGUGGACAACUUUGCCGAUCUCAAGACCCUGGAAAUGAGGCUGAAGAAGAGUUUGUGCUACAACAUCCUACAAAGUUCUGUCAAAUCGAUGGCUAGAACAUUCACUGCAACGAAAAGUUGUGUAGAGACAGAUGAAGCUGAACUCUUCUUCCUGAUUGACCAUUCAGGCAGUAUUGAAUAUCGAGACUUUGAUGAGAUGAAGAAUUUUAUUAAUGAAUUUGUACGCACGUUUCGCAUCGGGCCGCAGCAUGUCCGUGUGGGUCUGGUAAAGUUCAGUGAUUCACCAACUCUUGAGUUUGACUUGACAGCCUAUCCUGACCACGCUUCAGUGGUAAAGGCUGUGAAUGGUGUUACUCAAAUUGGAGGUGGGACACGGAUUGGAGAAGCUCUGAAAUAUAUGGGCCCCCGUUUUCUUAAUGCAGAGGCCACCCGUGGUCACAAGGUCCGUGAGUUCCUCAUUCUAAUAACAGAUGGGAAAUCUCAAGACCAAGUGCGGAAUCAAGCAAAAAUGCUGAGAGAUCAGAACGUCAUUAUAUAUGCCAUUGGAGUGAAAGAUGCUGAUGAUCAACAGCUGCUGGAGAUUGCUGGUAGCAAAGAGAAAAUGUUCACUGUCAACAACUUUGACGCUCUGAAAUCAAUCAAGAAUGAAAUCAUCACUGAUAUCUGCUCUGAAGAUAUUUGCAAGGACAUGAAGGGGGAUGUCCUCUUCUUGAUCGACAGCUCAGGGAGUAUUAGCAACGAAGACUUUAAUAAGAUGAAGUUGUUCAUGCAGUCCAUCAUCAAUAAGUCAGCAAUUGGCCUGAAUGAAGUGCAAGUGGGUGUCAUACAGUUUAGCGACGUUCCACAGCUGAUCUUCCCUUUAAACGAGCAUGAGAGGAAAGCAGACAUGGUGCAACAUGUAGAAACAAUGGAACAGUUGGGAGGGGGAACACUCACUGGCAAAGCCUUGUCCUUCACCUCAGAGUACUUUGACCCGCAUAGAGGAGGACGGACUGACGUAAAACAGUUGCUGAUUGUCGUAACUGAUGGUGAGGCACAAGAUCAGGUAUUGGCUCCUGCCAGAGAUCUUCAACGCAAGGGUGUGAAUGUCUAUGCCAUUGGAGUGGGCAAUGCCAAAUAUCAAGACUUGGUAGAGAUCAGUGGUAAUAGGGAGAGGGUCUUCUCCGAGGUGGACUUUGAUGCACUCAAGGCUUUGGAAAGCCAGUUGGUUUUGGCAGUUUGUGAUGUUGACAAAGACUGUGUGAGGACAGAGGUUGCAGACAUUAUUUUCUUGGUGGAUGGCUCAACCAGCAUCUCCACAGAGAAUUUUAAAAUCAUGCAAAACUUCAUGAUGGCCCUGGUCAAUGAAACCACUGUUGGGGAAAAGCAGACUCGCUUUGGCCUGAUUGUCUUCUCCAACACGCCUAAAUCUGUAUUUACACUCAGUCAGUAUAAAUCUAGGAGAGAAGUAAAUACUGCCAUAUCCGAACUUGUAGCGCCCGGUGGAGACACCUACACUGGGGAGGCUCUCAAGUAUUCCUUGGAUUAUUUUGGUAAAAACUAUGGUGGGCGAAAAGCCCUUAGAGUGCCCCAGUGGCUCAUGGUGAUCACAGAUGGCGAAGCUACUGAUCCGGAAAACCUAAGACAGCCAGCCGAAAAGCUACGGGAAGACGGAAUAUUAGUUUUCAGCGUUGGAGUGGUAGGAGCAAACAAAGAAGAGCUUGAGAUCAUGGCAGGGGACCCAGCAAGGGUUUUCUUUGUAAAUACAUUUCAUGAACUGGAAACACUGCACAAAAAUAUUUCCUUUGAAUUCUGCAGCCACACUAAACCAGUCUGUAACCAAAAACACGGGGAUUUGGUCCUGUUGAUCGACAGCUCAGAGAACAUCAGCCCUACUGACUUUAUUGUCCUGAAGCAGUUUGCCUCAGACCUUGUUUCCAGCUUCACAGUUGCAGAGCAGUCCUUCCGAGUCGGAGUGGCCCAGUUCAGCAGUGAUACCGAAGCAGAGUUCUACUUGAAUCAGUAUUACACAGAGGAAGAGAUCGUCAAACACAUAAAGAAUAUGAGGCAACUUGGUCGGGAGACACACAUGGGACAGGGCCUGGACUAUGUCCGUUAUGAGUUCUUCCGAACAGAUAGAGGGAGUCGUAUGAAUGACAAGGUCCCCCAGAACUUGGUUUUAAUAACAACCGGACCUCCAAAUGGAGUUGACUUGCAUGCAGCAGGAGAGCUCCUUGACAUGAAAGUUGCUGUGUAUGCUAUCGGAAUAGGAAAAGGUGACAACCCUAUUAAGCUCCGGCAAAUCACUCGUCAUGAAGGAAGGGUCUUCUCUGUGCUUAACUUUGCCAGCCUGGAAGCUAACAGAAGGAAAGUGGUCGAUGCAAUUUGCUCCAGUUCUAUAAUACCUAACCCACAAAGCUGCACCAUAGACAUCGCCAUGGGUUUCGAUAUUACUCACAGGACCACUAGCAGAAGGCUCUUCGAUGGUCAAGCCCAGUUGCAGGCCUUCCUGCCACAGAUUAUCCGCCAUGUGUCCAGUCUUAAGGGCCUGUGCUGCGUCGCCGACAGUGGACCCAUUGAAACUAAUAUUGGCUUCCGCGUGGUGGAGCAGGAUGGAACAGUUGUCUCUGACUACAAUUUUGAGAAGUAUGAUGAAAAGAUUUUGGAGAAGGUUAUGGCGCUUGAGACCGCCCAGAAGACCUACUUUAACUCCUUCCUCCUGCGCUCCUUCCGUGAAAAGUUCCAGAGGUCAAAUGCUGGAGUGAAGGUGCUGGUAAUCUUCUCAGACGGACUUGAUGAUGAUGUGAUGAAACUAAAGCUAGAAGCAGAACAUCUUCGUACUAGUGGAAAAGGUGUCAAUGCCCUGUUUACAGUCGCCUUAGAAGGGGUCCAAAAUGCCAACCUUCUUCAAAUGGUGGAGUUUGGAAGAGGAUUCGGAUACAAACAGCAGCUCAACAUCGGCAUGCAUGAUGUGAACAACUACAUUUUGACACAAAUAGACACAGUGGCUGAGAGGGAGUGCUGCAAUGUAAUGUGUAAGUGCACAGGACAUGAGGGUAUCCGUGGCCCCAGAGGGCCCCCAGGCACAAAGGGACAGCCUGGACUAAAAGGACACCCUGGAUUCCCAGGCGAGGAGGGAGGAAUUGGUGAAAGAGGUCCACUAGGUCCCACUGGUCCACAGGGACUACAGGGAUGUCCUGGGAUGAGAGGAGUCAAGGGUUCAAGAGGCUACAGAGGGAACAGGGGUGAUGAUGGAGACCACGGUCUUGAUGGGAUAAAUGGGGAACAGGGUGUGAAUGGAUCAGCUGGAGUUUCAGGAGAGAGAGGAAACCCAGGCCGUCCGGGCAACAGUGGAAUCAGAGGGGAGCCUGGAGAGAAGGGCCAACGUGGACUUAGAGGUGACCCUGGUGACUCUGGAGUUGACAGCAACAUUGCAGGUCCGAAAGGAGCAAGAGGAAAUCCUGGGUUACCAGGAGACCCAGGAGAGGAGGGCAUUCAAGCAGAAAGUGGUGUCGAUGGAAACCCAGGUCCUGAAGGAAGAAGAGGUCCACCUGGUCCAAGGGGAACUUCAGGAAAUCCAGGUGUACUAGGACUCCCAGGAAUUACUGGCCCUUCUGGACAGCAGGGUUCAAGAGGAGAUCCUGGCCCGCCAGGACCCAGGGGCAUCCAGGGAUUACCUGGACCACAAGGCACACCUGGGACAAUGGGAGGCAAAGGAUCCACAGGAAGCAGAGGGAUGAAUGGACAGAAGGGCCAGCCUGGGGACCCUGGAGGAAAGGGAGCUCCUGGACCACUUGGGCCCAGAGGGAUGCCAGGACUUGAUGGCAGAGACGGACAUGGACCUCCCGGACAUCACGGGAUGAAGGGAGAGCCUGGUUUCCCUGGCUACCCUGGAUUACAGGGUGAGUCUGGUGAAAAGGGAGUCAAAGGAGGUCCAGGCCCCAAAGGAAACCAGGGAAGAGGGGGAAACUCAGGCACAACAGGUGAUCCAGGAGUUCCCGGAACCACAGGUCCACCAGGACAUACGGGCCCUAGAGGGAGACCUGGAGAGAGACCCAUGUCUGAAUGCCAGCUGACCACUUACAUCCGUGAUAACUGUGCAUGCUCCCAAGGUCGGGCAUUGUGUCCAGCCUACCCCACAGAGCUAGUCUUUGCCCUAGACAUGUCACAGACUGUGGAGCCAGCCAGGUUUCAGGCAAUGCGCUCCUCGCUCCUCUCCUUAUUGGAACACGUUACCAUAGCCGAGAGCAACUGCCCAACAGGUGCACGUGUGGCAGUUGUGUCUUACAGUGACAAGGUCAAGUACUUGAUCCGAUUCCAGGAUUACCAACGCAAGAAGGAUUUGUUGGAGGCCAUUCGUGGCAUAGCGCUGGAGAGAACAUCUAACCGCCGCUACCUUGGGGCAGCCAUGCGUUAUGUGGGGCGGCACGUCUUCAAGCGAACCCGCCAAGCGCUGACGAUGAGGAAGGUGGCAGUGUUCUUCACCAACGGGCCCUCUGAGGACAACUCUGCUAUAGUUACGGCUGCCAUGGAAUUCAAAGCCCUGAACAUUGCCCCUGCUAUCAUAGCCACAAAGAGCGCAGUUGAUGCUCAACAGGCUUUUGAGGCUGAUGACACGGGCAGCUUUAUCUAUGUUCUGAUGAAUAGGCCACAAGAAAACCAAAAACUGCUAGAUAAAAUCAACCAUUGCGUGAUCUGCUAUGACCACUGUAGACCAGACAGCCAAUGUAGAUUUACUGACGCUCAGCUGCCACAGGAAGUGGACAUGGACCUGGCCCUGGUGAUGGACGGUUCCAGGGAGAUCCAGGCUGACCAGUACGCAGGUUUCCAGGAGCUUCUUGGCUCUGUUGUGAAGCAGGUAGCCUUGAGCCCCAGGCCCAAUGCAGCUGACGGCCAGGCCAGAGUAGCCCUCCUCCAGACCGGUGGCUCUCACCUCCAGGUGGAGUUUGACCUGCAGAAGCACAGUGACCACAAUAAACUGGAGAUAGACCUGAAGAACAUGCGGCAGCAUGGAGGAGUGUUGUUUCUCGGGCGGACCCUGGAGUAUCUGGUCAAUGAGGUGUUACUCAAGGCUCAGAGGCCCAGGAAGAGUAGGGUGGUGCUGGCUGUGGUUGGCGCCGAGACGGCCCACUCGGACCGGGCCAAGCUGGCCUACAUUUCCCAGAAGGCCAAGUGUGAGGGCAUUUCACUGUUUGUGAUCACAGUGGGUGAGCAUUUCAACAGCACCCAGGUGGAGGAGAUUGCCAGCAUGCCGUCAGAGCAACACCUGCUUCAUUUCUGGCAUGUGAAGGAGUGGGAGAUAGGCUAUGCACAGCGCUUCUUCAGAUUCUUCCUCAGUGUCCUCAGAAAGGGAUUUAACAGCUACCCUCCAGCACAGCUAAAACACACAUGUGAUCUGUUGGCGGGACAAGAACAUGGACAUCACCAUGGAGGGGGACAGACAAUGACGGAGGUGGAAACAAAGGAAGAAGAGGAGUACCCAGACUACACGGAGGUGGAUAAGGAGGAGGAAGAGGAGUUCCUUGAGCACACUGCAGGUGGAUCUCAGACUCUGACUGAUCUUGGCCAGGUUGACAUUAUAUAUGACUUAUCCAGGGGAGAUGGAGGCACUGUGACCUCUCGACCAAAAUCAAAUGAUCACACAGCACUUGUGGAGAUAGAGGAAACCCCAGUUGAUAACCAGGAUGCAUGCUUCCUCAGACAGGAUGAGGGAGGUUGUCAAAACUACAUUCUGAAGUGGUACUUUGACACGACACAAAGCGAGUGCUCCCGUUUCUGGUACGGUGGCUGUGGCGGCAACGGCAACCGCUUUGAGACACAGGAGGCUUGUGAAGGCCUCUGUCUGAGGAGGAAGCGUUAAUACUACCAACAAACCUUCUAAAACCCUGAUUAAAGUUGAACCGACGAUCACACCAAGAAAUCCGCCAAUCCAGUCUCGCUUCAGGUGGGACCAGCUUAAAACAACACAGUGUAAAUAACUUUAGGCAUUUUCCUCAGCCUUUAGUGUUUUUUCUUUUGGGAAAAUGGGUCUAAAGAAAUACAGUAUUUUGAGAAGUAUGAAUAUUCUUCUGUUCAAGCAGACCUAAGUAACAGAUCUGACUCUCAUGCAGUCAUGUAGUUAGCUGGCAGUAAACACUAAUCUGAGCAUUGAUGCUUUUGUGAGUAUAAUCGAACAGCAAUCUGUAUUGCCUUUUGGUGCUAUUUUCAGUCCAUAGAUGUCAACAGCUACUAAACCAAGCACAACUCAGGUCAUAGAAUAUUUUUUUAAUAAGCCCACUAGGUAAGGCAAUGGACUGUUUACUUCAGGAGUUUUAUUGGUAACUUUAGCCGUACGUUAAUCAUAAAUGUCAUCUACUCCUUGUCAUCGGUGUGUAAAUAGGGGAUUGCCGUUUUUCUUGGUCGCUUUUCACUGCAGUUAUCAUGUUAAUUUGCUGAUUUGGACACUACAUUUUUGUUUUUGUUCUAAAAUACAAGUAACAAUGCAACUUUUAACAGUUGCCAAUAAAAUAUAUGGUCUGAGAAUGUUGACACUGUUAAUGCGAGGCGUUGUAGAGGGCUUCAGGCCAUGUCAUAUUCUGGUGUUUUAACUUUAGCUAAAACAUUAAGACUGUGGUUCUAUAGUUCAAAAUUCACACAACAAUACUGAGGAAUUCAUUAAAAUAAAACACAUUGUUUACCUAUUUUUAUUGACGCUGUUGGAAUCUGUCCACUUUUGAUCCAUGAACAAAAUCAUAAAAGCAGAAGUUGGGGAAUAAUCUAAGAUGUUGAUCUUCUUUAGGUCUUACAUGUUCUCGAAUAAAUACAAAGUUAACACAGUUUUUUAUACCAGAACACAUAGGAAGCAUUUGUAGGCAGAGCAGUGCUGGCCAAGAGGGAUCUUCCUGUCUCCAUGUCCCACAUGGAUAUUUUAUUGUUCACUGGGACCUGCUAAGAAACAGCAUUAACAGAUAUUUUGAAAUGUCCCCUACUGAAGUUGGUGAUGAAGUUAACAAAGACUGGCAGGUAAACUUCUCCCAAUUUUGAUACCAGACUGAAUGAGAGAAAAUAAUUUGUCAUUAAUCUUUACUCAGUCUUUGCAUAGCAGAAUAAUUAUUGUUGUUGAUACAAUAAGUAAAAUGUGUGUAUAUAGGUCAAUACACAUUGUUGUUUCAUAAACUUGUUAUAUCCUUGGUAGUUAUAUUUGGUAUUGAACUAGCUUUAGAGUUUGUCCACAUUAGUUGCAUCAGAUUAAACUAAAGUGUCCUUGCAUACCAGCUAGCUGAUGCAACACUGAGUAGUUCUGGCUGUGUAAAAAACAAUAUGAAGGGAAGAACACCUACUAGCUACACUGCAGAAUUACUCAAACAAUCACUGUCUUAGUUUUGAUUUAUCACCAUAUGGAAUGCCCUCUGGGAAGGUCACCACAAAUGGCAUUGCGUACAUCAUGAGGGAUGUUUUUAUUUUAAGGUGUGCACAUUUGAGUAAUUUCAGUUUUGAAUUUCACUGUGUCACAUUGUGAAUCACAUUUAAGACAUUAUCUUUGAUGAAAGGAGGCCAUUUUAAGUCUAGAAGGUGCAUUGUAUAUUUUAAUAAAAUGCCGUAGAAAGGCAAGUUUAUAGACUAAUGAUCUGACAAACUGUGAGUUCAUCUGAAUCAGACCAAGUGAUGGUGAUACAGCUCUUGCUGGUGGCUACUGGCUACCAGACUGUAAAAGACAUAGCCACUAAGCAACAUCUGUGGCACUUUUAAAGAUCAAGGUUUCAUCAUAGAAUGUGACCAUCUUGCAACCACACAAAGUUUACUUUCAAGUGUAAAGAUACGCAUAUAAUUAAACUGCAAGCAGCAUUUAGACGGUUCUCUGCAUUGAGCCAUUAGUAGCCAGAUUGCAGUUUUUCCAAUAGGACACAAAUCCAACUCAUGUCCAGAGAUGUAAACAAUAUUACAUGUAUGUUUUUCCUUUUCACCAGUAUUUCCAUGUGGCCAAAUGGAAACAUCUUUCAUAUAAACUAAACUCACAACCCUGAUCAUGUGUACCAAAUGUAAUCACACUUUUUCAUAAAUUCAGAAUUGCCGAAAAAACAUUACGCCCAACUUAAUGGAUCCCAAUUGCAAAUAUGUUCCUUAUGAGGAGAUGGACUUAUGAACUUCUUUUCAAAGCUGUAUCUCAAACGGGGUGAGCAUGGUAACCUUACUAAUGUGAAAAACCUAAAUAGUGCCACCAUGUGAUUGAUAAAAAUAAAAAUCCUUGCUGUCAUUUUUUUCGUAUAGUCCUUGUCAACAUACAAGUAGAAUUAUCAUACCAUUAUCCUUAUAGAAGAUGUGUCUAUAUAUGUGCAAAACCAUGCCCCCUCACAUGUUCAUUGGUCAAUCACAUCCAAGUUUUUUGACAUAAUGAUCUGUCUGAACUUUUGAAGACCAUGGUUGCUAGAUGCCAAAUAUCGAAGUAUGUGAAGAUCGGACAUUUGGUGCCAGAGGAGUUAAUUUUUGUGAAUUUUUCAAAAUAUCCAAAAUCGAAAAUCUAUUAUGGCAGACUUUAUGGGUCCCAAUGGCACAAACUUUCAUCACAAGGAGAUUUACCAAUUUACCAAUUUUCAAGACUCUAGAUCACAAGGGGUGGGUGUGGUGAGCUUGCAAAAAGUGCAACUUUGGAGGCUUGUGACAGCGCCACCAUGAGGCUUUUGCCCUUUACUACCACAAAAAUGUGGGCCCCUUUAAGCCAUUUUAUCUCAUGGGAAUUUGCAAAAAACACCCUUUUUUGCCGUAAUAAUAAUAAUAAUAUUGAACCGGAACAAACAGUGAACUGCUAAAACCCUAAUUAAAGCUGCAAGCAGCAUUUAGCAAAUUUCAGCAUUGAAGCUACUACUAGCCAGAGUGCAAAUUCUUUCCAACUUAUAUCCAUAGUUGAAAGCAAUAUGAAAUGUAUGGUUUUUCAUUUCCUAUAGUGCCCCCAUGUGGCCAACUUGAAACAUAAUUCACACAAAGUAAAAUCACAACCCUGAUCAUGUGUAUCAAAAGUUAUCUCACUGUGAAAAAGAACAACAGAUUCUGUGUUAUGGCUAUUAUGGCAGCACUCUUCAACCAAACUAACUUGCAUGUUACAUCGCAAUAGUUUUCCGGACAUUUACCUCAAUUGGCAUUAUAAUAAAAUGUUUUGCAUCAGAUAAAUAUGGAUAAUUCAAAAGUCUGACACUAUCAGAACCGUACAACAUCUUAAGGAUUAAACAAUGUAACCAGGAUGUUGCUUGAAUUUUUCAGAAUGUAAUAAAUGUACCCUAAUCGCAUUGGUAAAUGUAACUGAAUGGAAGUUUGUCAGAUUUCCCCAGCGCAGAGCAUAUUAAUGAUUUAAAAGUUUGCUUGUUGUAUGAUAAUGAUGGGGUCAGAACAGAUAAUCAUUAUCAUUUUCAAAUGUAUGCUUGUUUAAGUAUGCAUUUUAACAUCAAUGAGUGAGCAAAGAAUGUUACUGUAGCCUACAUCACUGACACAUGAUCAAUGUUAUGCUACCACGAUUCAAUGAACAACUUUAUGACAUCGACUAAUCAAGAUGCCCACCCUGUCGGUAUUUGCUUGAAUAACUUUGUCAUAACUAUGCAAAGAAAGAGAAAAACGUUAGUCAACCUUUAUUCUUUUGACAUAUUUGCUGGAUUUACAUCCAAAGCAAGCUGCAAUAAUUACUUCCCUAAGAUAGAGCAGGUAUAAUGAAACGACAAAUCUUUGCAGAGUGAAAGGACCAAAACAGACUAUGCUGUUGGUAACGGGGUGUGUGACAAGCGUAUGUAAAUUAAGUGAAAGGGCAGCUCUUUUGAUUGAACAAUAAAU